AAUAAUAAAGCACGACUCACGAGGGAGUACAAUAGACUCAGGUGGAGGUCGAAGAGGAGUUGGGUUGGGCAGAGAUGGAGUCAUCGUUGUCAAUUUGGGAACACACUCUUAUCGUCUUUCUUCGACCCCUCCUAGCCAUAACCUUCGUUCUCUCAUUAAUCACUCUAGGUUGGUUAUUGGCAUGGAAACUGGUACUUGUUCAUGUUCCUUUGGUUCAAGAGGUUUUUGGUCUUAAAAAGAAACCUCCUCGAUCCAAACCCCAAAUUGGUCGUCUCUCCAAAAUUUACAGCACCAUUCAUGCCCCAAUUUCACCUUCCACUUAGGAAGGUUUUUCAGAAACUUGUGUUCAAGUUUGGGUAAUUGGAGUUCUUUGUCUGGGAAUCAAAUUUUCUACAAGUGGAGCUUUCUAUAAAUGUCAUGGAGGAAAAGGAAAUUCAACAGUACUUUUAAAUUCAUUGAAAUAGAAAAAAGGAAAUGUGAUUGUAAUGCACGUUCCCUUGCCAAUAGGUUUCCUAGCAACCAGGAUUUUUGAGUUGAUAGUUUCUAUAGAGAAACACUAUCCUACAUUAAACCAGUAUUUAAUUAUUUAUUGAGUAUGAUAGGAUAUUUUAUCCUUGUAGCUUAUCCUAUCUUGCUUGUUAGUGCAACUUUUGUCCUUAGGGAAGCUGCUGGAUUAGGAAAAUAGUACUACAUCAGGUCUUUUUUAUAAGAGACAAUUGGUUUAUAAUUUGGUCAACAAAAGUUGAUGUAUUUGGUCCAUCAAUGGUUUAUAAGUCCCAGCAAUGUUGUCAACUCAUCCUCAUUCUCAGCUAAGUACUUCUUUUACUGUGUUCUCCA